AUGUUGAGUUCUGGGAAUAACUUGAACAGCAGCAGCAGCAACGGGAUAAUUUCUUCGGAUAUGCCACCCUUGCCACAGUGUUUGCCACUAGAUUCAAUUACUGUAGGCAGUAGAAAAUAUACAGGAGAGCUAAGAAGGGUUCUUGGUGUUUCCGCUGGAAACACGUCUGAAGACCAAUCUUUUGGAGGUCCAUAUCCUAAACCUAUGGCUGCUGGAGCCUCAGGGGAACUAAAGCACUUCAAAGAAAGUGUACAAGAUGCUUCCAGAAAGGCAAGGGAUAGGUCAAAAAUGCUUGGGGAAUCUUUGUCUAAAUUGGAAAAGUAUGAGGCAUUAAACAUAAAGAAGCGACAAAGGACUGAUUUAUCUAAUGAUAGGGGGAGUGGAGUAAACCUGACAAAGAUGGGUAACCAGAUUCACAAAACCUCUAAUGAUAAUCUAACUCAGAGAACAGAAGCAAGGGCCUCAAAUUCAAUGCUGAACAAGCGAAUUCGUACGUCAAUGGCAGAUGUGCGGGAGGAAAGUAGGUCUGCUGCUAUUGGAAGGGCACGGAUGGUCACAGAGAAGGAUGCAAGUCUGGUUCAGACACUUGGUGGGAGCUCUGUUCGAAAUGAAGAGAAAACUCGCAGAUUACUUGCUGGAGGUGAAGGGUUGGAUCAAAAGAUAAAGAAAAAGAGGUCUGUUGGAACUGUAGGAAAUAGAGUUACGACUAAUGAAAGAGAUGUAAAAAGAACUGCUCUUCCAAAGCCAAAUGCUGAUUUGAAGAUGCGACUUUAUGAUGCUCAGGGUUUCAGAUUGAAGUCUGGUUCUGGUGGAAUCAAGUCUGAGGGCUCUUCAGAGCUUACUAAUACAGGUGUGCGCAUGAUGCUUACAAGUGAGCAAGGUGUUUCUGCUCACAGGGAACAUGUAGCUGAGCAGAGAGUUGUUGCAAAAGGAAACAACAGGGCAAGCACUCAGGAGGAUCCAGCAAGCAGCCCUAACACAAUAAUUAAAAACAAGGUAUCUCGAGCACCAAGAACAGGUUCAGUUAGUGCACUAGAAUCAUCGAACACUCAACCUUCAUCUACAGCAUUUCCUGGUUCUUCUAUACAUCCAAUGACCCAGUGGGUUGGUCAGAGACCACCUAAAAAUUCACGCUCACGAAGAGUCAAAGUAGUUUCUCCUGCCUCACGCAAUCUUGAAGUUCAGGUCUCAUCCGAAGGUUGUCUAACUUCUGAUUUCAGUGCUAAAGCUUCUUCUGCUGGCAACAAUGGAUUUCCACUAGCAAGCAGUGUAGACAACAGCAAUCUAAAAUAUAAAAGACCUCCUGAUGAUAUUUCAUCUCCCUUUGGGUUAUCUGAAAGUGAAGAAUCUGGAGCUGGGGAAAACAAAAUAAAAGAGAAAGGAGUGAAUGGCAGUGACUUUGCUUUGGUAUCGGAUAAGGCUGGGGCUUCUAUGUUUCAAAUGAGGAAGAAUAAGAUAUCAACCGAUGAAUCUGGAGAUAGUGUGCAGAGGCAUGGAAGAAGUGGAAGGAAUUUAUCACUAGUAAGGCCAGGCAUCCCUUCUGGGAGGGAGAAGUUGGAGAAUGUGCCAAUAAUGAAGCCAGUACAGGACAUGAAGCUUAAUGAAAAGAGUAAAAUCAAAUAUGGUCGCCCUCCUUCAAAAAAGCAAAAAGAGCGCAAAGUUGUGGCUCGUGUAGGGAAACAACUGAACAUUAGUUCUUCUGAUUUCGGAGGUGAAUCUGAUGAUGAUCGUGAAGAGUUAUGUAAAGCUGCAAAUGCUGCCCGUAAAGCUAGUGACCUUGCUUGUUCGGGUCCGUUUUGGAAUAAAAUGGAGUCUAUUUUUGCGUCUAUCAGCUUGGAUGAUGCAUCUUCCUUGAAGCAACAGCUCAAUAUUACUGAGGAAUUUGAUAAAAGUUUAUCUCAUAUGUUUGGCAUUGAUCAAGAUCUGUUGGGUGUUGUUAUAAAUAACAAGACCACCCAAGAUUCAGAGCAAAGAAAGAGAAGUCAAUGUGAUGAAGAAUCAACUAAGUUUGAUGCUUUGAUUGGAAAGAAGGACAUGGAAAGACCGGACAAGGUUAUCCCACUAUUCCAAAGGCUUCUUUGUGCUCUAAUUGAAGAAGAGGAAAGUGAAGAAUCAUAUCACCAAAGUGAUGCAAAGAAUAUAUCUAGACAAUGUGCUAGUGAUGAUUCUCACUGUGGUUCUUGUAAUCAAAUUGAUUUUGAACCCAAAGAUCGGGAUAGAAUGGAUUCUGAAGUUGAAUCAGAGGUGGAUCUUCAAAUUCAGAAGAACUGCAUGUUGGAUAGACUAUCUUGUGAUAAGAGCACCACAUCCAACACAUUUAGAUACCCAAACACAUCCAGUUCUUUACAAAGCACUGGAGUUUGGCAGGGAGAUGAAGAAUUUUCUCUCUCAGAUAUCACACACACUGGUGAAAUAUGCUCAAAUGAUCUUGAUCAACUGCAGCCUACUGAAUUAAGUGUUCCUAGCUUUCCUUCUCCUGAUGGCCAGUAUCAGCUGAUGUCUCUGGAUGACAGACUGCUGCUUGAGUUGCAGAGCAUUGGCUUAUAUCCUGAAAUAUUGCCUGAUUUAGCUGAGGAAGAUGAAGCUAUUAAUCAAGACAUUGUCAAACUUGAGAAAGCUCUAUACGAGCAGAAUCGAAGGAAGAAGAAUACUUUGGACAAACUUGAUAGAGCUAUUCAAGAAGAGAGGGAUGUGAAAAGGCUAAAGAUUGAGCAAGCUGCAUUUGACCAUCUUACUGAAAUGGCUUACAGAAAGAGAUUGGCAUGCCGAGGAAGCAAAAAUUCAAAAGGUGCAGUUCACAAGGUGUCUAAACAAGUUGCUUUGGGUUUUAUCAAGCGUACUCUUGGAAGAUGUAAAAGAUAUGAAGAAGCUGGCAUUAACUGCUUUAGUGAACCUACCCUACAAAAUAUCAUGUUUGCCCCACAGUCACGGGAGAAUGAUGCUCAACUUGCAGGUUGCAUGGUCUCUGGCACAGCUAGUAAUACAUGUAACAAAACUUCCCAUCAAAUUGAUCCCAGAAAAUCAGGUGCAGUUUCUAGUGCUUCCGAGAAAUAUGAUUGCCAUAGAGAUUAUGCAGACAGAGGAUUGGUUGAUUCUUUUCAAGGUUCAAUUCAGUCAUCAGAACAAGCAUCAUCCAAGAAUGGGUCCGUGUUUAUCAAAGAAAAGAAGAGGGAAAUGCUGGUCAAUGGUGGUGUCAGUGGUUCUUCCUCACGAGCAUCAAAUCUUGAUGGUGCUGUUCAUGGUGGAGUGAAGGGAAAGAGAAGUGAGAGAGAUAGGAAUCAAAGUCGGGACCUGAGUAGACAAAACUCUAUUGGCAGAUCUGGACGCAUGUCUGUGGAAAGUAGCCAACAUGAGAACAAACCAAAAGCAAAGAAGCAAAAGAUUAGUGCUAGUGGACACGAUAGGUUUAUGGAAGCAAAUGAUUCUGCUCGUUUACCAGCUAAUGAUACAAUCAACGAUGGUAGCAAAGAUGUGGCAACAUCAUUAUCUGGUAUGGACACUUCUCAAAUAAAGGAAUCCAAUGACUUUGGGAAUUUGCCACUACCUGAUUUAAGUUCAAUAGAAGAAUUUGGUGGCCCACACGAUCUAAGUUCUUGGUUGAACUUUGAUGAAGAUGGCUUGCAAGACCAUGAUUCUAUUGGCCUUGAGAUUCCAAUGGACGACCUAUCAGACUUAAAUAUGCUUAUGUGA